UUUAUUUUUGAAGAGUUGGAAAGGUGUUCAGAAAAGGAUGUGGGAAUGGAAGGGGUAGGUGAAGCCACCUUCCUUACAGGUUUGCAAGGGUGGUGUGUUACCCUGGUCUUUUUGUGUGAAGGGUUCUGGUGGGGCAGGAGAUUUGGCUUCUAUUCUUAUAUUCAAAGUUAGUGGGCUCCCCCAAAAAUGUUAAUAAUGGAGUUUUAGUACUCAGUUGUGGCAGGAAUCCUGGGGGGAAGGGGUCCCUUUUUCUUUUUCUUUUUGUUUUGUUUUUGUUUCUUUUUUUCUUUUUCUUUUUGCAACACACACCCACAAAGGAAAAGAAAACACCAAGAUCCUCUAAAUUGUUUGGAUUGAUUGAUGAAGACAUAAAGCCAGUUAAGCUCUAUGUUUUUUAAGGUGGAGUGGUGUUCUUCAUUUUUAAAUGGCCAAAUGACAGCUUGACCCAAUUUGUUUUCAAAUCAAAGGGCAUUUUUUAAUGUCUCUUUGUGGCACGGCAGCCAACGCAAAAAUGAUGGCGGCUUACAAUGGUGGUACAUCUGCGGCGGCAGCAGCAGGUCACCACCACCACCAUCACCACCACCUUCCACACCUUCCUCCUCCACACCUUCACCACCACCACCACCCUCAACACCAUCUUCAUCCCGGAUCAGCUGCUGCUGUCCACCCUGUGCAGCAGCAUACCUCUUCAGCGGCUGCCGCGGCUGCUGCAGCCGCGGCGGCUGCUGCCAUGUUAAACCCCGGGCAACAACAGCCAUAUUUCCCAUCACCGGCACCAGGUCAGGCCCCUGGACCAGCUGCCACAGCCCCAGCUCAGGUACAGGCUGCAGCAGCAGCUGCAGUUAAAGCGCACCAUCAUCAGCACUCACACCAUCCACAGCAGCAACUGGACAUUGAGCCGGACAGACCUAUUGGAUAUGGAGCCUUUGGUGUUGUCUGGUCAGUAACAGAUCCAAGAGAUGGAAAGAGAGUCGCCCUCAAAAAGAUGCCCAACGUCUUCCAGAAUCUGGUCUCUUGCAAAAGGGUCUUCCGAGAACUGAAGAUGUUGUGUUUUUUUAAACAUGAUAACGUACUCUCUGCCCUUGACAUACUCCAACCUCCACACAUUGACUAUUUUGAAGAAAUAUAUGUUGUCACAGAAUUGAUGCAGAGUGACCUACAUAAAAUUAUCGUCUCUCCUCAACCACUCAGCUCAGAUCAUGUCAAAGUUUUUCUUUAUCAGAUUUUACGAGGUUUGAAAUAUCUUCAUUCUGCCGGCAUUUUACAUCGUGACAUUAAGCCAGGGAAUCUCCUUGUGAACAGCAACUGUGUGCUUAAGAUUUGCGAUUUUGGAUUGGCCAGAGUGGAGGAAUUGGAUGAAUCCCGUCACAUGACUCAGGAAGUUGUCACUCAGUAUUAUCGGGCCCCCGAGAUCCUGAUGGGCAGCCGUCAUUACAGCAAUGCCAUCGACAUCUGGUCUGUGGGCUGCAUCUUUGCAGAACUACUGGGACGAAGAAUAUUGUUUCAGGCACAGAGUCCCAUUCAACAGCUGGAUUUGAUCACCGACUUACUGGGCACACCGUCACUGGAAGCAAUGAGGACAGCUUGCGAAGGUGCAAAGGCACACAUACUCAGGGGUCCUCAUAAACAGCCAUCUCUUCCUGUACUAUAUACACUGUCUAGCCAAGCGACACAUGAAGCUGUUCAUCUCCUUUGCAGGAUGUUGGUCUUUGAUCCAUCCAAAAGAAUAUCCGCUAAGGACGCCUUAGCCCACCCCUACCUAGAUGAAGGGCGGCUGCGAUAUCACACCUGUAUGUGUAAAUGUUGUUUUUCCACCUCCACUGGAAGAGUUUACACCAGUGACUUUGAACCCGUCACCAAUCCCAAAUUUGAUGACACUUUUGAGAAGAAUCUCAGUUCUGUUCGACAAGUAAAAGAAAUUAUUCAUCAGUUCAUUUUGGAACAGCAGAAAGGAAACCGAGUGCCUCUCUGCAUCAACCCUCAGUCUGCUGCUUUUAAGAGCUUCAUUAGUUCCACUGUUGCCCAGCCAUCUGAGAUGCCGCCGUCUCCUCUGGUCUGGGAGUGACCGAGGAGGAGACUUACUGUACUACUGAAGAUGUAGCUUUCCACUGGAGCCUGGGCUUUGCAAUUCUGGAGGUUAAUCAUGCUUGUACUGUAAUUUUACUAAUGAAGUUUUAAAUUAACAACCACUACUUGUAUGAUAUGAAUAAUAUUUAGAAAUGUUACUAGACUUUUAAUCUUGUAAAGUGGUUGUGCUUUUAGAAGAAAAAUAUUUCACCCAGAGUUGCACAUGUUUUAUGAAUUCUAGUGCAGCUGUUAUGGCUCACCUCAGAACAAAUCAAGAAUCGAACCAAAUUUGGGACAGUUGUUUUGGUUCUGUGUUGUUUUUUGUUUUUAUUUUUGUUUUUAUUUUUUUAAUUGAAGUGAGAUUGUACACACAAAAAGGACAGUCAUAUACAUUUUUAUAUUUGAGCCAUUCCUGAAGAUUUGGGGUUUUCUAAAACUUAAGAAAUCCAGUGAACUUGACUGCGACCAAUCAUGAAGCCACAUCAACUGGCACCUGACUGUGGCCACACCAGUUUGGGAAGGGAGGGUUAGGGAGGGGGAGGGGCAUGCCACCUGAUGAUCAAAAUCCUAUAAAUAGCUUCUCCUUAGAGCCGUGAUGGUGACGUGUGCUGUUCUCAAAUCAAAUGUUGUGGGUAGAGAAGAAUGAGUUUGUGACUAGGCAAGACUAAACUUCUGUUUUCCUUACCCAGUAUAUAUAUAUAUAUAAAUAUAUAUAUAUAAUAUAAAUAUAUAUAUAUUUAAUCUAUUUUUAUUAGAAGUUUUUCUGCUCUUUCUUACAUAAAAGACCCCCAAGCAUGCAUCUUUCAUGUAUGUAAAUAACUCCAUUGCUGGGUUUAUUUCAAAAGUACCCCCAACAUUGCUGUAUAGCGACAAACUAGCUUGCACAUUUUAGGUCUGUGAAAUUUUGUGAGACUUUUCCUGCACUGGACAGUUUAAAAGAAAAAAUCUAAAAAGACAAAAACAAAAAAUUUUUUUAAAUGCCACAAAAAACCACAACAGCCCAUAGGGAAUUAUGUUCAUUGUGUUUGUGUCCUUAGGCAAAGCUGUGGGAGUCUUGAAAUGUCACCGUAGUAAGUAACUUAUGACUUUUGGGCUACUUCUUUUCUGUUGGAACACUGAAUUCUUCUGUGCAUAUGUAUAUAUGAACACAACUGAAGGCCUCUACCUCCUGGAGCUAAACAGCUUGGCUUGUUUACUCCACAUGACGAUGAUGAUGAUGAUGAUGAUGAUGAUGAUGAUGAUGAUUAUUUUUUUUAAGUUCAGUGUGGAGACUUGAAACUUGAAUGUCCCUCCCAACUUUUAUAUUUAAAAAAAAAUAAUAAUAAAACAAGACAAGAACAUUGAAGACUGUUUUUCACCUGUACAAGAGAUACUCGUGGAUCGUCUUAAAAUUGGUCUGGGGAAAGAAAAAACCUUGGUGUGUGUUUUAUGGACACUUAACUGUUAAAGUUAUUGUAAGUUAUCUGUAUUUAGCAGAGUAUUUUCAUUCUGAGUGAUCUAAGCUGAAUCUGGAAACUCUUAGUAAGUUAUGUUUGGAAGUUUUAACUUCAAUGAAGUAAUUAAUUGCUGUGAAAGAGACAAACAUUGAACUACUAAACAAACAAAGAUGGUGCGAUAUCUUUGUUUUUUUUUUUUUUUCCUUAAUGAGGCUCCCGAUUAUCAACCCGACUGGACGUAUAUAGUUCCAAAAAGAGCCCUAGAAGACACUGGUCUGAAAGGUACAAUCUCAGAGGUUGGUCAGUUAACGUGGCACACUUGCUGGUCACUUUGUACAAUGUAGACUUGAAGUACGGUGGUGAAAACAUUAAAUGUGACGUGUGAAAAA